AUGUCUACCACUCGCGAGUUCGACCCCAACUUCACUCCCUAUGUGAUCAAUUCCAUGGGCCCCAAGACCCCCGAGCGCACCCGCGUGCUCCUGGGCUCCCUGAUCAAGCACAUCCACGAGUUCGCUCGCGAGGUCGAGCUGACGCCCGCCGAGUGGAUGCUCGGCGUUGAAUUCAUCAACUCCAUCGGAAAGAUCAGCACUCCCAUUCGCAACGAGUGCCACCGAAUCUGCGACGUCAUCGGUCUGGAGUCUCUGGUCGACGAAAUCGCCAACAAGAUCGUCACUGAAGAUGGCGUCUCCCCCACCUCCAACGUCAUCCUCGGCCCCUUCUGGUCUCCCAACGCCCCCUUCCGCGCCCUCGGCGACUCCAUCAUCCAAGACCCCAACCCCAACGGCCAAGUCACCUUCAUGCACGGUGUGCUGAAGGACAUGGAGACCGGUGCGCCCAUCGAAGGCGCCGUCCUCGACAUCUGGCAGGCCUCGGCCAACGGCCAGUACGACUUCCAGGACCCCACGCAGACCGAAAACAACCUGCGCGGCAAGUUCCGCUCCAACGAGAAGGGCGAGUUCUGGUGGUACUGCUACCACCCCACCCCCUACUCGCUGCCCACCGACGGCCCCGCCGGUGUGCUCCUGAACCUGAUGGACCGUUCGCCCAUGCGCCCCGCCCACAUCCAUCUGAUGAUCACCCACCCCAACUACGCCACUGUCAUCAACCAGAUCUACCCCAGUGACGACCCCCACCUUGACAUCGACUCGGUGUUCGCCGUCAAGGACGAUCUCGUCGUGGACUUCAAGCCCAAGAAGGACGACCCCAAGGCUUCGUUGGACCUCGAGUACAACGUCAACAUGGCGCUCAAGAAGCACCACCCCAACCCCAACUCGGCGCCCCCCGUCUCUUCGUUCGAGCGGUUCAACAAGGCUGGUGGCCAGAAGCUAUAG